CAACCAUGCAAGCCAUUCUACUCGCUGCACCACUGACGCUGCAACCCCAGUCACCACUUCUACGCCUCCCUGCCGAACUUCGCGUUCAGAUUCUCAAACAUCUUGUCCUGUCUUACACCUUCGAAUUCGUCAUAACAAUGGAAUGCUAGUGACCCUUAGGUCAUUGGAUAGGCACGAUCAUGCCGUUCAAGCUAUUGGGGGAAGCACAGGACGGCAGAUCGUUCUCGGGGCCGGAGGAUAUUGCAUAUCGUGACUCCUACUUUUACGCCCUUUCUGUGGUGUGGAAAGACGACACGCCAGCCAUGAAAUGGGCGAUGCUGUUGCCUGCUCGUCUCCUUCCCCAAAUCAGGUUUCUCCGCGUUCGAUAUUACUUCAUGACACGUCUAAGGAAUGAUUUGAUGUUUCAACACGUCAAGGUAGACUGUGAGAGAUCUGUCGAGGGCUUCAAAGUGUAUUACAUUUCUCUUGAGGGGAUUGAAUCUGCUACCGGCUUCAUCGACCGUGGUAACGAAGAGUAUCCGGGGAGUAAGAAGGACGAGGUCACUGUUUUAAUGGAGACCUUUAUCAAGGACUUAUCGGGGCCGGCGAAGAUUUCUUUCGUGCUUCCACAUAUUUCGUAUGAGCUCUAAUAAAUAAUACUCCGCUUUCUUUCAAGGAAUAGCCAGAGAGAAAUUCAUACUUGUGUGCCUGAGGUGCUCCAGCGUAUUCAAGAUAAUCAGAAUGAGACGUAAAGAUCUUGAAGCUCUGCAUUAGAUGUGCUAUAACCAAUACUGUACUCUUCAAUUUGCAGUGUCUCGUCAUGCGAUUUGCUAUUCGUUUACGACUGCAAGAGGUGCCUCGACGUAUUCCCGCAAAAUU